CUUGUCUUAAGGCAGCGGUGCGCACCAUCUAUGGGACAAGUAGAGUAAAAAACAUUUCAUUGAGGAUGUGGUAAGAAUGGACAACAGUAGUGCAGUUGAUCCCACCACAUUAGAACAAGAUGGAUACAAUUUUGCCAGGGCUGCAGUGGAUUUUGACCAGAAGGGGCAGUAUCAGAGUGCCGCAUUUUAUUACACAGAGGCAGCUCAGGCCCUGAUCAAUGCCUGUAUGAGUGGGUCCCAGAGACCUGGACUGACAGACAAGGCCAAUGAAUACAUGUGUCGCUCAGAGCAACUCCAGGCAAUGGUCAGGAAUGCCAGCAGCAUAAGGAGCCAUGUUGGCAAGACGGAACAACAGAUGAAUCUGGAGAGGGCCCAGUUUCUGCUCCACCAGGCAUUUGACGAGGAUGAAAACAACAAUGAGGAAGAGGCAGUGCAACUAUACACAGAGUCUGUGGAACUGUUUAUUAAAAUUAGGGAUUCCACGGCAGAUAAUAAACUUAAGGAGAAUGUCACAAAGAUGGCCACACAGGCUCUAGACAGGGCAGAGGCACUCAAGUCCAAGGCCAUCCCCAGGGUCCCUAGCCCCAGCCUGAGCCCCAGGGCCCCCCAACCAGGUUCACAGGACAACAGGAAACCCCUGCCUGGGCCUCUGGGGUUCAGUCUGAAGGAUAAUGAGGAGGAGGAGGAUCAGGGGAGGAGGAGAGUGGGGGCGAGGGUUACAAGAGGAGGGGGAGGAGGAGGCGGGGGCAGUGGGGGCUACACCAAAGACGAGAUACAGGUUUUAAAGACCACAUCUCUCAUCAAUGACAUUGCCUAUGUGCCAUUUAUGUCAGUGGAUAUGAAGGAGAGGUUUGCAUACCCAGUGCCUUUCAGUGACAAGACGGGCAAACUGGCCCUGAGUCCCAAGCAGAAGAGUAAACUAAAACAGUGGGUUCGACCAGAGGAGUUCAUGGACAACCCCACCAUGAUCCUGGCAGUGUCCAGUUUUAGUGUCAGACAGACCAUAGUAUCGGACUGUUCAUUUGUUGCCUCUCUGGCCAUAAGUGCACAGUAUGAGAGAAGAUUUAAGAAGAAACUCAUCACUACUAUCAUAUAUCCCCAGAAUAGAAAUGGAGAACCCCAGUAUAACCCUUGUGGAAAAUACAUGGUCAAAUUCAACAUAAACGGGGUCCAUAGGAAAGUUAUCAUAGACGACUUCUUGCCAAUGGGCUAUGAUGGGGAAUUGUUGUGUUCGUUUUCUGCCAAUAAGAAUGAGUUAUGGGUGUCUUUACUGGAGAAGGCAUACCUGAAGGUGAUGGGAGGGUAUGAUUUCCCUGGCUCUAACUCAAACAUAGAUCUGCACGCGCUUACCGGCUGGAUCCCAGAACGCAUUGCCAUCAGACCCAACAACCCUGAGUUCAACAAAGAUAAAGAAUUCAGCAAAAUUAUGGACCGCUUCCAUAAAGGCCACUGUCUGGUUACCGUGGCAACAGGGGAGAUGUCCGAUGCAGAGGGAGAACGGGCUGGUCUUGUUCCCACUCAUGCGUACGCCAUGUUGGACAUACGUGAAAUCAUGGGUAAGAAGUUGAUGCAAUUGAAGAACCCGUGGAGUCAUCUGUGCUGGAAGGGGAAUUUCUCUGAGAGGGACACCGCAAACUGGACACCUCAGCUCCAGAAGGCCUUGAAUUUUGACCCCAAGAGUGCUCAGAUGAUUGACAAUGGUGUAUUUUGGAUAGACUAUGAGUCCAUAUUGAGGUUCUAUGAUGUGAUCUAUGUGAACUGGAAUCCAGAGCUUUUUGGACAUACAACUUGCUACCACCACACAUGGACAGCCAAAGAAGGUCCCAAGAAAGAUGUGUACAACAUCGGAGAUAAUCCCCAAUACCGACUGGAGUUGAAGUCACCACACCCAACCAAAGCUGCUGUCUGGAUACUGAUGACUAGACAUAUCAAGGAUAGGGAUGAUUUUGCCAACAACAGGGAAUUUAUCACCGUCUUAGUUUACAAGGGGUCAGGAAAGAGAGUAUUUUAUCCUUAUGACCCUCCGCCAUACAAAGAUGGCGUCCGAAUCAACAGCCCGCAUUAUCUAUGCAAGAUGCUGGAGGAUGUGAACGGCUCCUCCACGUACACGCUGGUUACGUCGCAGUAUGAGAAGAACAACACUAUUCACUACACACUGAGAGUGUACUCUACCUGCGAGUUUGUCUUCAGCAAGAUCAUGGAACCCUAUAAUCCAAAAUAUGAGAAACAGUUGACAGGGCAGUGGAAAGGCAGGACAGCAGGGGGCUGUGGUAACUAUCCAGACACACACCAGUCUAAUCCAGUCUACCAACUCAAGUUAGACACAGCCGAGAACUACCUUCUUAUUGAGCUCAGAGGACCAAA